UAUGACUCAGCACGAUACACUCCAAGUUCUCCUUAAUUAACGCGUUAACACCCGAACUUCUUCUCGUUGGUGAGAGUACUGGCUUGUAGAACACUCUCCUCUGAAGGGUUCCUAUCUAUUCCUAUUUGUCGACAGGCACGCGAUGAAGUUCGGAAGGAAGAUCACGACUAACCUUUAUGAUGAGUGGAGACCCUUCUACAUCGACUACAAUUUGUUGAAGCGUGAACUCAAGUCUCGUACCACCUCUCACAGCUGGGACGACAAAGAUGAACGUGAUUUCACCGCCAUGCUGAAUAAGGAGCUCGAUAAAGUUCAUGAUUUCCAGAAACAAAAGACCGCCGAGUUAUCUUGUCGUAUACGGGAUGCCGAAAAAGAUGUUCAAAAACUCGUCGCUCAAGAAUCUUCUUCUUCUGAGCCGUCUCCCACCCAUUGCUCUGACCCAGAAUCGCACCAAGCACGCCCUUCGGACUAUGGCCCCGAUGAGGGUUCCGACGACGACGACGAUAUUGACGAUAACCAAUCUGAUGCAUCACUCGAAGACCUCUUUCACGGCCUUCAAGAAGAAGUCGCCACCCUCGUAGCAGAUGUUCACGACUUGGCGCUGUACACCAAGUUGAAUAUCACUGGUUUUCUCAAAAUCCUGAAGAAAAUUACAAACCUUCCGCUCAAACCUACGUUUAUUCAAAACUAUCUUGAGGAAAGACCCUUUUAUAAAUACAAUUGGGACGCCUUGAUUGUCAAGUUAUCCAAGCUCUACAACCUGGUCCGCACCCGAGGUCAUCCCGUACAGGGCGAUUCAAGCGCAGGCGGGAACCAGAGUGCUUUUGUACGUCAGACGACAAAGUAUUGGGUGCAUCCAGAUAACCUCGUACCACUGAAACUGGCCAUUUUGCGGCAUCUACCCGUCCUUGUGUUCAAUGCUGAGAAGGAAUUCGAGCAGAAGGAUGCUGCCAUUACUUCAAUAUACUUCGACAAUGAAGACCUUGAACUUUACCUCGGUCGACUAGAGAAGACAGAGGGUGCCGAAGCUAUCCGUCUCCGGUGGUACGGCGACACAGGACGUCAAAACCGUCAGUCACUCAACGUCGUCCCUCAGAUUUUCGUAGAGCGCAAGACGCACAGAGAAGACUGGACAGAACACCUGGUGAACGCAUUUCUGCGAGGAGAAUACACUAUGGACGCGGAGCUCCAGGCGCUAGCUGACAAAGGCAAGAAGACACAAGCCGAAGUCGAUUCUAUGAUUCAGCUUGCAAGUGAGGUUCAGUAUCGUAUUCUUACGAAACAGCUCCACCCGGUCAUGAGGACGUUUUACAACCGAACUGCGUUCCAGCUCCCGGGAGAUCCACGUGUACGGAUAUCGCUUGAUACGGAACUCACCAUGGUUCGUGAGGACAACUGGGACGGACAAACACGUACUGGCGAUAACUGGCGGCGAACCGAUAUUGGCAUCGACCAUCCCUUUGACCAGGUGGCAGCGGAUGAUAAGGAACUUUUCAAGUAUGGCGUUUUGGAAGUCAAGCUUCAGACUCAGUUCGGACAAGAGCCUCCCAAGUGGGUUACGGAUCUCGUCCAGUCAUAUCUUGUCGAAGCUGUUCCCAAGUUCAGCAAAUUUAUCCAUGGCUGCGCUACCUUACUGCCGAAUCGCGUAGAUCUCGUGCCAUUCUGGCUGCCCCAAAUGGAAACCGACAUCCUCAAACCCAAUACGGGAUAUCUUACAGUUGAGCGCCCCAUGAAGAACACCCCAGAUCUUCAGUCCGGUCUCUUCUCGCCCAUCUCGCCGGUUUCGCCGGUACCCUCCUAUGUUGAGCCAGUCUCGGAGGGCGAAGACGAUGAAGAGAUGGACUUGGCGCCUGCUAGAGAUGAGGACCGGCGCACGGGGCUGCCCCAGGAGGACGUUGCGGCUGCUAUCGCAUUUCGUGAGAAGUCUCUCAAGGAACGCGACCGUACAUCUCAGUUCAACGGGAGUAGCAGCACUCCUGAAGAGGUAUGUGAUGAGCGCACGCCAUUAUUGAAGCUGCCGCGGCCGCCGAGUGUGUCGAUCGACCCGCUUGCGCCGUCUUCUGCGUUUGAUGAGAGUCUGCGGGAGCGUUUACAGGCGAAUAAAAAUGCGCCGCCACGUGCGCAGGAUGGUGAGGUGCGGGAGGCUGUAGGCCUGGAUGAGGAAAACCUGCGGGAGGAAGAGCGUUUACUGGUGAGAGACUGGAGUGCGCCGUCCGGCAAGCGGAUUGCAGUGCCUGUCCGUAUCGAGCCCAAAGUGUAUUUUGCAAACGAGCGUACCUUUUUGAAAUGGCUGAGCUUUGCGGUGCUCAUCGGCUCUAUCGCUACGACGCUACUGAACUUCGUACCUGCAGACGAUCCGCGGGGCCUGAUCAGUGCUGCGCUAUUCACUCUAGCUGCGCUGUUCGCUAUUGCCUACUCAGCUAUCAUCUUCGUGUACCGAGCGCUUCGUCUGCGUGCGCGAUCGGCGGAAGGGCUUUAUUAUGACAAGUAUGGGCCGACUAUUCUUUGCUUUGUGCUGUUGGCUGCGCUGGGGACCAACAUUGGGUUGAGGGUGGCAGAUAUGUGGUGAUGACAUGGGGAUACGUUGUAUUUUCGAGCGUUGGACACUGAUAUAUAGCCGAUUUGAGGGAAUUGAUUCCCUCUUUAAGGACUGCGUAUGGGAGAUUAGGCAACUCAUUUUUGUUAUUUUGGUGCUGACUGACGUGAAUUCGAC